AUGCCUUCGAAGAAAGCAAACAAGGCGGCAGCCUCUGCUCCUAAGUAUUCUCCACCAACAUCUGGGAUUCUCUCAUAUUUUCCCUCGUCGUGGGUGCCGUAUGCCGAGUUGAUUCGUCUCGAAAAGCCGCAUGGAAUCUACAUGAUAUGGUACCCCUAUAUUAUGGGCCUUCUUUAUUCAGCUCGAAUUUCGGAAAAUACUCUAUCUCUAGAGCUAUUGUGCAAGCGUGCUUUAGAUUUGACUAUAUGGACCUUCAUUCUGCGCAGCACUGGUUGUGCCUGGAAUGACAACGUUGAUCAAGACUAUGACCGGAAGACUGCUCGUUGCUGCAAUAGGCCGAUUGCACGUGGGGCCAUCUCAACGGUGCAAGGUCAUAUCUAUGUUGCUGCGCUUACAGGCCUGGGCUUUACAUCUAUUCAGCACUUUCCGGUAGAGUGUACUUUCGACGCAUGUGCCAUCCUUCUCCUGGCCGCGAUAUAUCCAUUUGGCAAGCGGUUCACGCAUUUCGCCCAGGUGCCUCUCGGUGCUACUCUAUCGGGGGCCAUUGUAAUGGCGCAGCAUUCAGUAGGUAUUGACCCUCUAUCAAACGAAAACCUGCGCCCGACUGCAUGCCUAGUGGUAUCUAUUAUAUUGCUUGUCGUGUUCUAUGACGUGGUCUACGCGCGACAGGAUACCGUUGACGACUUGAAGUCGGGGGUCAAGGGCAUGGCGGUGCUCUUCCGUAAUUGGAUCAAGACUCUUCUGCUCUCUCUUGUUUCUGGGAUUGCUGCAUUGCUCUUCCUCGCCGGUAAAUUCGCCGAUAUGAGACGAGCUUUCUUUUACUCUUCGGUGGGGGGAACAGCCCUUGGUCUUCUGACCAUGAUCAUGGUCAUCAACACAUCCCAGGUGGCACGAUACGCCGGGAGGUUUUACAUCCUCGCCAUUGGCUGUUUGCUCGGCGGAUUCGCAGUAGAGUGUUACGACAAGUAUGAGGCUGUUUUCACUUGGUGA